AUGGGAGUUGAAAACAGUCCAAGACAAAAUACAAAAGAUGAAACGAAAUCAAUUAUUGACGCAGCAGGUUUUGCGUUCAAUCAGGCGAAAAACCAAAAUCAUUUGUUAUCAAAAAGUCGUUCUGAAGUGGUUUAUAAAAAAGAGUUUCCAAAACCAAAAGUUAAAGCAAAUUCUGUUAUCGAAUUUAAUUCAACAGAUUAUUAUAAUAAUAAUUCACAAUAUAACCAAAUCAAUUCUAGAUUUGCCACCAAACCAUCAAAUGCUUCUCCUAGAGCUUGGUCUGAUGUUACAUAUCGUCCACAUGACACUCGUACUGAAUUAACAAAUUAUAGUGACCCAGGUCCUCAAGUAUACAAUCCACAACGAAAACAAACAUUUAACUUUCCUCCCCGUGUACCAACCGCCACAACCUAUGAAAAUAACCACAAUUAUUAUCCCAAUCAACAUCAGCAACCUUCUUUAUAUAGUGAAGCCAGAUCACCUAAGCCUAGAAUUGCAGCCAGUGCUAUGAUGGAUAUUGGCGAUAAUGUAGCACAACCAAGAACAACUGAAGCUGUUAAGCCAAGAAAAGUGGCACUUUCAGCACAAUUAAAUAACGCUAACAAUUUCCCUGACUCAAGAAAUGACGACGAUGAAUAUGAAGAGGAUUAUAAUGAUGAAUUUCUUGAUCUUAGAAUUUCCAACAAAUCACUCCUAUCACUUAAUGUUGUACUUGAAUCUACUGUCAAAGAACAAUCUGACAAACUUGCAAUAAUUCCAUCAUUUGAAGCUAUGAUGGAAACACAAAAAAAACAAGUAGAGAAUCUCAAUAAGGUUGAAAAGUUAAUUUGUACAUUAUCAACUAAAAUGACUGAACAAGAUAAUGAAAUCAAGGUUAUCAAAAGUCAAAUCAUAGAGAAAUCGGAUGAAAAAGAAAAGACACGAGUAACUCUAUUCUAUGAUCCAAAAUCUCUUCCAUUAAAUUCUCUUCCAAAUAUUAUUUUUGACAGGGUAUACGACGAUAUCACAAUUCUUUUCUCGGUGGUGACUUCUUUACUUUAUACUGUUUAUAUUUUUCCUGUAAUUGUUGUGGCAAGAACUGCCAAACAACUUGUUGAUAAGUCCAGUGAAAUAGCAAGUCAAAAAUCAUAA